AUGAGCCAACUAUUUAACUUUGGAAAUUGUACAAGUAAUAUUAGUAGUAAUCAUAAAAAUGGGAUACGUGGCAAUAUUAAUACUAACAUAAAUUCUAAUAGCAAUAUGAAAACAAUUUUGCAACAAUAUUCACCUGUAGAUUAUAAUCAAUGUAAAGUGUCAUUACCAGAUUUUUCUGAAAAAAACAAUAUUGGAGUUUAUUAUAAUACAAAUGAUAAUAAUUAUAACAAUACCAAUAACAAUUUUGUUACAUCCCCAAAUAUGUAUCCAAGAUAUAUUAGUCAACAUAAAAGUAUUCAGAACACUCAUUCUUAUCAAUAUAUUAAUCAAAGUAAUGAUAAUUAUAACAAACAAGUGAGAUACGAACCUAUUCCAAACAGAAUUAAUGUAAUUGAUGAACCUAGUGAAAUAAUAGAUAAUGGGUACUCCUCUAAAGUAAAUUAUCUACCAUCAGGAUUUGUGACUAGAACUGAAGUUGGAGCUGGAGCAGGAAAAUUAUCAUGUGACAACAACAUCUCAUCAAAUGGACUUGAUUUAAAUUCAACAAUAAAAACUGAAGCUGGAGGUUAUGAUAACACAAAAAGUAAUUUAAGUAAACUAAAUAGCUCUAACUGGAAGGAAUGGAGUAGCUAUUCUAAACUUCUACCUCUAGCAGUUAUUGAACUAGAUGUUCAAAAUGAGUGUAAUUACUUAUCAACUUUAUUUAGUUCAUUCUCAAAUACAGUUAAAGGGUUUAUAUCAAACUUUGAAUUUGAAAAGCUUAUGGAAUAUGUUAAUAUCAUUGAAGUUGGAUACAGAGGUACCAUAUUUGGAGUUAUGGAUAGAAAUCAAGAUGAUUACAUUACUCAAGUUGAAUUUCUUACUGGAAUGCUUAUUUUUAGACCAUAUAAUGCUAAAGAAAAAAAUUCACCAAACUUUAAUAGGCUUAGAUUACAAUUCAUAUUCUUUUAUUAUGAUUCCAAUCGUGAUGGAUUACUUUCUAUUGAUGAGCUUGCUAAGCUUAUUGAACACAUUAGCAUCAUUAAAGUUACUGUUAAUAAUAAAAACGGCAAACCAAAGAAAAAAACUCAAAUCUCAACCGAGAAAUCAAAAAAAUUAGCAUCUCAAGUCAUUCAUGAUUACCUCAACAAAGAUUUCUGCUCUUAUGAUGACUUCUUUCAACUUGUUAAUAAUGGAAUUCUUAAUGGUACUGUUAAUCUCUUAAGAUGUAGAAAUGAUAUUUUUCUCCAAAAGAAAAAUAAUUCUUUAUUAUCGCCUAACAAUCAACACCUUUAUAGCAGGCCUCCAAUCACAAAUUCUAUGCAAAAUUUUACUAACCUAAAUCACCAACAGCCAUUUUCACCCUUUUCUAAUUCCAUUACUCAAUUUCAAAACCAAUUUUCGCAAGUAUCCCAAAUCUCACCUUAUAAUACAAAUAACCAUCCACCUCAAAAUUUUAUUGCCAAAAACAGUUCUAUUUAUAACACACCCAUUAAUAUCUCCACAGAACAUUUCCCUAAUCCCAAGACAAUUAACAAUAUUAAUGAUGAAUACCUCAGGACUAUACUCUCAAAACCACACUCCCCAUCAACACUUAACACUAAUAACCAUCCUGUACCAACUUUAUCCAUACCCAAUCCUAAAACUAAUGCUUUACCUGUCAUCCAAAAGCAAAAUAUUGACGAAAAAUUUGGUUAUAAUUAUAAUAAUACUAAUAACAAUAAUAAUAAUAUUAAUAAUACUACUAAUAACAAUACAAUUACUCCGCCCCACAACUCUUUCUUAUCGAAAAAUAACUCAAUCUCAAGCACAAUUACCCGUAAACAAGAAGAACAAUUUACUGCGCAGUCCAGCUCUCCACCAAACCAACUAGUCACGCCAGAUCCACUCUCUAAUUACAGGUCAAUUUAUGAGUCAUCUUCUCCAUAUUACAACAUCCCCUCAGAAGGCCAUCCAAACUUCAAUUUCUCACCCUGUUAA